UACAAAUCUGCAAUUGAUUUUCAUAAUGUUUCUGCGGUGUUUGCAAACCAAUCGCCUGAACGUCCCCAUCUUACCUAAGAGAGAACCCCUCCUACGUCUACGAAGUGCUCCGAACUGAUAUAUGACAAUAUCUACUUUGGAUCACGUGCUCUGGGAGAGCAAGAGACUAAGACGGAUAACGCGUCAUCUCAGCCUUCCCAAAAUUUUCCCCCCUCGCUCGACUGGGUCCAAACCCUCCUCCUAGAGACGGCAGAAGAAGAGAACGAUGUUUAACUCGGUCAACCUGGGCAACUUCUGCUCGCCGUCGCGCAAAGAGAGGAGCGCCGACUUCGGCGAGCGAGCGAGCUGCGCCUCCAACCUCUAUCUGCCCAGUUGCACUUACUACGUGCCCGAGUUCUCCACCGUCUCCUCCUUCCUGCCCCAGGCCCCCUCGCGACAGAUCUCCUACCCCUACUCGGCCCAGGUGCCCCCGGUGCGGGAGGUGUCCUAUGGCCUGGAGCCCUCGGGAAAGUGGCACCCCCGGAACGGCUACUCGUCCUGCUAUGCGGCGGCCGACGAGCUCAUGCACCGCGAGUGCCUGCCCGCCUCCACCGUCACCGAGCUGCUCAUGAAGAACGAAGGCUCAUACGGCGGCCACCACCACCCCAGCGCCCCGCACGCCGCCCCCGCGGGCUUCUACCCCGCGGUCAGCAAGAACAGCGUGUUGCCCCAGGCCUUCGACCGCUUCUUCGACAGCGCCUACUGCGGCGGCGGCGGCGGCGGAGGGGACCCGCCGGCCGAGCCCCCCUGCCCCGGCAAGGGCGAGGCCAAGGGGGAGCCCGAGGCGCCCCCGGCUGCAGCCCUGGCGGCCCGCGCGGAGGCCGGGGCCGAGGCGGAGGCCGAGGAGGAGAGCACGAACCCCAGCUCGUCCGGCUCAGCCCAUUCGGCGACCAAGGAGCCGGCCAAGGGAGCCGCCCCCAACGCCCCCCGCACCCGCAAGAAGCGCUGCCCUUAUUCGAAAUUCCAGAUCCGGGAACUGGAGCGUGAGUUUUUCUUCAACGUGUAUAUCAACAAAGAGAAGCGGCUGCAGCUGUCCCGGAUGCUGAACCUGACUGACCGACAAGUGAAAAUUUGGUUUCAGAACAGACGGAUGAAAGAAAAAAAACUAAGCAGAGACCGGCUGCAGUAUUUUUCGGGGAACCCUCUACUGUAACCUCAGGCCUGGAGGGGGCCCGUUUGGGGAGGGAGGGAGGGGAAGAAUGGGAGAAAAGGGAGAUUAUUUUAUUUUAUUUUUUAUUUUUAUUUUUUAUUUUCUGACUCGCCUUCUCUUUGCGGGUGGAAAAUAGGACCGUGGCUGGGGAGGGGUGCCCACCACAGCUGCCCCAAGCUUCUCUCCAGAGCCUCCUUCACCUGGGUGGGGGUCCAGCCUGAAAAGGGGGUUGCUGGGGGAAAGCUGCCCUUUGGUGUGUACACCGCUGGCUCCCAGGCCAAGACUCUACUUAAAAAGAAAACACACCUCACAGCUCUGUCUGGCUGCUCAGAUGGGGCAGGGGAGGGGUGAGAGCUGGGUCACCAGCCUGAAUAACCCUGGAACUGAAAGUCUCCCCUGACCCACGUGGACAGAGCUGGGACCCCGAGUGUGCCUGCCUGGGGAGACUGCCUGCCCCUCCCCACCUCCCCCUGCUAGGGGGCAGCUAACUGUGAUUCUGCCUUGCUGUGAAGUCUCUGUCCCCUCAACCUGGUGUUAGGUGUGCAAAGUCUGUGUCCUACCUCCAUCCGCACCCAGGCCCUUGCCUGAACCUGUCUGUCCUUCCCCUGAACUGUACAGCCCACCUUGGACAUUUCUCAACUGGUGCAUUGGGGUUCCCUUGAACCUCUCCGUGGAUUUAUAUAGCUAGACUCUAUGCAGUUGGCAGUUGUUACUUUUUUUUUUUUUAAGAAAAAAGAUUGGUGUGGAGGAGGUAGCAGUAAGAUGGGAUGGGGCCUCCCCCUUUGUCAGGGCCUGAAUUUUUGUAAAUAAUUUUCCCAAGCCUUUCUUUCUAAGCUGGGGGGGGGCAGGGGAGCAGCGAGAGCAAGGCUGGAGGGAGGCUGAAGGGCCGACCACCAUUCCCUCUCCCCAGGUGCCCCUAGGGAGUGUGCACUCCCGCAGGCCCUGGGACUCCCACCUCACAGGGGUCGCUGUGAAGUGUUUUUCUGUCCCCCCCUUUUUGUGACAAAUAAAGAUAUUUCAUUCUGUUCAAUAUUAUGAUUUUAUUUGACCUUUUAUCAGCCCUUCUCUUAAAACCCUCAGUGUUUGUUGCAGGAUCUGAGGAGAAGGAAGGCAGGAAGGCAGGGCCCAGGUGGGGAAGCCAGGCUGGUUUGUGAAGGUGAGGUAGGCUCAGGCUGAGGGCUUGAACCCCAUCUCACUGGUAGAGGACCCCUCCCAUCCUCCCUCUCUGUCUCUCUGUCUCUCCCUCUCUCUCUCUCUCUGGGGCUGAGAACAUCCCACAGUG